GUAGCUCACGAUAAGUGACCUGAGGGAAAAACCAUUAAGGAACCAUUCGAGGAGGUUUUUCGUCGCUACGGCCUUAAUGUUCAUUCCAAGUGGCUCUUCCUGUCAUCGUAGGUGGUCAGGCAACGAGAAGUCCUAAUGUUUAACUCGGCCUCCAUGGCGAAACUCCGCCGGCGAUUCCAUACCUCCGCCUUCCUUCUAAUAAUCUUCCUCUCCAAUUCUUUUCACCUUCCAGCCCUAGCUUUGGUCGAACGUGGUGAGGGAUUGAAGGAGGAGUUCACUGAGGAGCUUCUACUGAAACCAUUGCCUGACCGAAAAGUACUCUCCCAUUUCCACUUCCAGAGCUCAGCUCCUCCUUCCGCCGCCAACGGACGCCAUCACCACCUCUUCCCCAAGGCCAUCGCACAGCUGGCACGUAAGUUUGAAAUAAGGGAGUUGGAAUUAUCUUUCACACAAGGACGUUGGAACUAUGAGAAAUGGGGUGGAUUUGAUCCAAUCUCCACCACCAAUGCCAAGCCUCCUGGUGUUGAGCUUUGGGCAAACUUUGAUCUCCCUCUAAAUACAAUUGAUCAUACUUGGAAAAAUUUAACCCAUGUUCUUUCGGGUCUUUUCUGCUCUUCCAUCAAUUUCCUCGAGUCCUCCACAGCUUAUUCUUCUCCAACUUGGGGUUUCCAAUCAAAUUCAAGCAAAUUACGAUAUGGCGCAUUACCACGAGAAGCAGUUUGCACCGAGAACCUCACUCCUUGGUUAAAACUACUUCCUUGCCGUGAUAAGGCUGGGAUAGCUUUAUUAUUAGACAGACCUUCUAUUUACAAGAGCCACUAUCACUCCCAAAGGCUAAAACUGAUAUCUUCUGAGUUUACUGGUAUAAUUCUUGAACAGACUCUCACCCUUGUCCUUCAACCCAGUAUGAGAAGGCUUAGUUCUCUUUCUUUGGGUGAUGGAUCUCUUCAACCUAGUUGGUCUCUUAACUCCUUGUUUGGGAAGAAGGUUGUUGGGCAUUGUGUUCUUGCAAAAACUAGCAGAAUUUUUCUUGAACUGGAGAAUGAUUUAGCUCUUAAAGUAGAUAAACUGCAACCUUUGUCUUCCUGGAAUAAUUCAGCCUUUGAACUGUCUGUGAUACCAAACAAUGAGAUUAGAGAACUAAAUGCAUUGAAUAAGCUCAGAAGUUCUGUUCUCUAUGUGUUUGAAGUCAGUGGGUUGAACGACUCUGUGCCUUUGGAUUUAGGCAUUCAUUGGAAAAUUCCUUUGGUUUGGUCUUGCUCUCGUGCUCCUUUCCACGUGAACCGUUUUCUAAUGGGAAGUGGAAAUGAAAGAGGCUCUGUUGCUAUCACUAUACGAUCUGCAAAUUUGCAUGAACAUUUUUUGAGAGCUUCAGAUAGUUGUGGGGUGGAUGCUGUAAUUUUUCAGGUUGUUCCUUGGUAUGUUAAAGUUUAUUAUCAUACGCUGCAUAUUUUUGUAGAUGGGAAGGCUCAGAUAAUUUCAGAUGUGGUGAGGAAGAUGAAAAUAUCUCCUUCCGAGGAUAAGUUAUCAUCAGGGUCAAUGGAAUUGAUGCUUAAGUUUCCUUGUAAUAUGGAUUCAGCUACACUGACUCUUGAUUUUGACAAGGGAUUCUUACACAUUGAUGAAUAUCCUCCUGACGCCAAUCAGGGCUUUGACAUUCCAUCUGCUUUAGUUUCUUUUCCUGACUUUCGUUGUGGCAGAAGCUAUCAGUUAGAUGAGUUGAUGCAUUACCAGUCCACUCUUCUAUCCAAGUUUCAGGAGGGAAAUCCUGUCCAAACGUAUACAGAAGUAUUACUUGUACCAUUAACAACUCCUGAUUUUAGCAUGCCUUAUAAUGUCAUCACAUUUACUUGUACAGUUUUAGCAUUAUAUUUUGGAUCAAUGCUUAAUGUUUUGCGAAGAAGGGUUGGCGAAGAAGGGAGAUUAUCAAGAAGUAAAGCUUCAGAGAAGCCUGGGCUAAUUCCUCAGCUCUUAUCCAAGUUGGCUUCAAAACUAAAAGGCAAAGCACCAGAACCUCCUUCACCAUUAUCAACAUCUUCAUCUAUUUUAGGACCUAAACUACUAUCUAAAAUCAUUCUAGUUGGUUUGCUAGCCGUUAUCUGGAAUUACUAUCUCAAAGAUAGUUAAACUUCUAAUCAUCUGUAGUUUCAUUUUAGGAAGAUUUACAUACAUGCCGCUAAUUUUUCAUGUAUUUACAUAUCUAACACCUAUGCUUCAAUUUUUACAUACAUAUCACCUUACGUAUGCAAGAAAAAGUGUGUUUAACUUUUUUAAAGUUAAAUUGGUGGUAUUUUUGAUGUGAUAUGAAUGAUUUGGGUGGUAUAAAAGUAAAAGAUCAAAGUUUAGCUGUCAGAUAUGUAAAUACAUAGGAAUUGGGUGGUAUAAAUGCAGUUUAAUUUUAUCAGAUUUUAGCAAGUUCAAUCUGUGUUGUUAUUGUUUGAGUGAACUGAGUUGCACCAGGAUGGUUUUUCGUUCAAGAUGCAUGAGAUUUCAUGGGUUUUAAUCAUCAAAAUUUGAAUGUGGUUGCUCUUACAGGAGAGAAUUUACAGCAGCUCGCACUUUCGUUAGCAUAAUUAAGAAGAAUUUGAAAUUUAUUGUAAAUAUAAUAGUUCACCUGAUGUCAUUGUUGGUUUUAUACAACAACAAAAAUCAUCUAUCCCACAAGUAGG